CUAGGUUGAGGGAGGUUCACCCAAAUACCCGCACGCCGUAGAAUUCCCAUUCACUUUUAACCCCGAAACCUUGACCAAGCCUGCCCACUCUGUGCCAAUACUUUCUUCAACCCCCAUCAGCCAAAAACGCAAUCCUCUUCUUCCACUUUUCUCGUCGUCCUCACAGUCUCCUUUUCCCUCGCUCAACCACCAACGCGACGAACUUGGAAUAUCGAUUCACACUAGACGACCGCUACAAUGGCAUCUGAUCACCAUGGAGCUGCGGUAGAGCUCAAGGACAACACCGUCAUCGUUGUCCUUGGCGCCUCUGGCGAUCUCGCUAAGAAGAAGACCUAUCCCGCGCUCUUCGGACUGUACCGCAACCAAUUUUUGCCCAAGGACAUCCGGAUUGUGGGCUAUGCCAGAACUAAAAUGGACCACGACGAGUACAUCCGCCGCAUCAAGUCGUAUAUCAAGACUCCGACGAAGGAAAGCGAGCAGCAGCUUGAGGAGUUCUGCUCCAUCUGUACAUACGUUUCCGGCCAGUAUGAUCGUGACGACUCCUUUCUGCAGCUCAACAAGCAUUUGGAGGAACUGGAGCAAGGAAGGAAAGAGAACAACCGACUCUUCUACAUGGCUCUGCCUCCCAGCGUUUUCACCAUUGUUUCACAGCAUCUCAAGAAGUGCUGCUACCCCUCCAGGGGCGUUGCCCGUGUUAUUGUCGAGAAACCCUUUGGCAAGGACUUGGCAAGCUCUCGAGAACUGCAGAAGUCUCUUGAGCCCGACUGGAAGGAAGAGGAGAUCUUCCGUAUCGACCAUUAUCUAGGCAAGGAGAUGGUGAAGAACAUUCUCAUUCUGCGUUUCGGCAACUCCUUCCUUGGCGCUACCUGGAACAGGCAUCACAUCGACAACGUCCAGAUUACAUUCAAGGAACCCUUCGGCACCGAGGGCCGUGGUGGCUACUUCGACGAGUUCGGCAUCAUCCGCGAUGUCAUGCAGAACCAUCUGUUGCAGGUCCUUACGUUGCUUGCCAUGGAACGCCCCAUCUCUUUCUCCGCUGAAGAUAUCCGUGAUGAGAAGGUGCGGGUCCUCCGCGCCAUUCCGGCAAUCGAGCCCAAGAAUGUCAUCAUUGGCCAGUACGGCAAGUCGCUUGACGGAAGCAAGCCUGCUUACAAGGAAGACGACACGGUUCCCAAGGAUUCCCGCUGCCCCACUUUCUGUGCGCUAGUUGCGUACAUCAAGAACGAGCGUUGGGAUGGUGUACCUUUCAUCAUGAAGGCAGGCAAGGCCUUGAACGAGCAGAAGACCGAGAUCCGCGUGCAGUUCAAGGACGUCACAUCGGGCAUUUUCAAGGACAUUCCUCGCAACGAACUCGUUAUGCGCAUUCAGCCCAACGAAAGUGUCUACAUCAAGAUGAACUCUAAGCUUCCCGGCCUGAGCAUGCAGACUGUUGUCACCGAGCUUGACCUCACCUACAGGAGACGCUUCUCCGACCUCAAGAUUCCCGAAGCCUACGAGUCCCUUAUUCUCGACUGCUUGAAGGGUGACCAUUCCAACUUUGUCCGUGACGAUGAGCUCGAUGCCAGCUGGAGAAUCUUUACCCCUUUGCUCCACUAUCUCGAUGAUAAUAAGGAAAUCAUCCCGAUGGAGUAUCCUUAUGGUUCUCGCGGGCCGGCUGUUUUGGAUGACUUUACGGCCUCGUACGGGUACAAAUUCAGCGAUGCUGCGGGCUACCAGUGGCCCACAACCUCCGCCAUGGGGUCGGGCAUGAAGUUGUAGAUUCGCAACGUUCUCACUAUCGUCCCGUCGCCCCGGAUGAUGGAUAUGCUUUAGUACACGCGGUCUAAUCUGCGUCAUGAGUUGACAAAGGAAGGAGCUGUAUCACGUCAUGAGCAGACACGUUGGGACUAGAUCUUGCUUCCAUUUCCCUUGGGGUUUUUGUGCGUUUUCUUGUUAUGUGAUGCUAGGAAAAGCAUCAAAGGUAGAUUCAUGAGAUUCAAAAGAGGCAUGUAUGGGUUUAUAGGUAACA